UCCUUUCGGAUUUCAAUUUCGUGUGUUAAUUGUGUAGUGAUUUUUUUGUUCAUCCUGCAUUCAAGAAGAGGAAUGCCAAGUGACUGUCGAGACUGUUUGGGAAUUCGUUAUCGAAUUAAUACCCUGCACCAAACGUGGAAGUGGCUGCAUCAGACAAUCGCCCUUCACGAAUAUCUGAUCUCCCUCUCGUCGGCUGAUACUGACGCUGGUUGCUCUAUGCACUAG